CCCAAGUUUAAAAGUGCUUGGAAGUUGAAUCCAGGAACGGGUGAGCCCGAGGAAAAAGUUUCAGGAACUUUUUUACUUUUUUGAUAUUUUCUUCUUUUUCGCCUUUCUCUAUUCAUUUUCAUAUUUCUACUUUCAUUUUCUGGCUUUUCCCAUAUUGAAACAUUCCCAUAUUAAACUGCGAAAGGAUCUCGUGCUCUCUUGCCCCGAAAUCCACCUUCCCCCACCUCCUUUCGUUAAACGCUUCACUGUUGCGCCGCCCGACGCCCCCCCAAUGGCUUCCCCCGAUCUCGAGGCCGCCACUGCCCUCAAGGUGCAGGGGAAUAAGGCCUUCGCUGAACAUGAGUGGCCUACGGCUAUAGAUUUCUACACUAGAGCCAUUGAGAAGUAUGACAAGGAGCCGUCGUUCUUUAGUAACCGUGCUCAGGUAGGUGGCGCUACUGUUGGAUAAUCUGGCGUUGAAGGUGGAGGUCUGUGUUGAGAUACUGACUGUUUCUGGGGGUUCUUGGUUAGGCACAUAUCAAGCUUGAGGCGUAUGGCUUUGCGAUCGCUGAUGCCUCCAAGGCACUGGAGCUUGACCCCAACUAUGUCAAGGUUCGUUGGAUGCUGCUGCUGCUGUUACUGCUUGUUGGCGUUGUUCGCCUCUCUGACUUAUUCACCCUACCGUCGAUAGGCCUACUGGCGCCGAGCCCUUGCGAACUCCGCUAUUCUGCACUACAAGGAAGCCCUGAAAGACUUCAAGGCCGUGAUCAAGAGAGAGCCCAACAACCGCGAUGCCAAGCUAAAGCUUACCGA